UUGCUUUCCUAUUUAAAGAUGUGAAGUUUGUUACAGCAAGACAGUUUGGUUGACGCUGUUAAAGUAAACAUAUCUCAACAUCACGUUGCCUUUUGUAAACUUGCGAAUAUUUGACGUGUGCUACCAGUAUAAUGUACAAUCAAGACGAGCUUGAGGCUCCGGGUUGGUUGAACGACAAGUUCUUCCGUGAUGUGAUGCGCGAAUCAAAUAACGAUCCAACGAUCGAGUUAAUCAAGCCAUGUGUUUUACGUCCGGGCACCAAUAAAGGGGACCAUUACGCUAGUGUCAUGUUCCGCACGACCGUCAGGUAUCGAUCCCAGCGUUCAAGUGAAGAGCAAUCGGUCAACGUCAUCAUGAAAACGAAGCCUGAAGCUGAAGGAUUGAAGAAGGAGCUUUUGGAUGACGAUGGAUUGUUUGCGAUAGAAAUUGAAAUGUACAGCAAGGUUCUUCCGGAGAUGACAAGAAUGUUAAAAGAGAUAGGAGAAGAGUACAAAUAUCCUCGAUACAUCUACGGUGCGUUAAAGCCCCGCACGAUCCUGAUUUUGGAGGAUAUUAGUGACCAGGGAUGGGUGAUGGGCGAUUUCAUCAGCACGUUGGACGAUAUGAAGCCAAUAGUAAAGGAUAUUGCUAUGUUUCACGCUGCGUCCGUGAUGUUGGAAAGCACUGACUCAAAAUUUGCUGAAAGACACACUUAUUCAAUGGGUGACAAGUUUAUAGGGUUUGAAGGUAUGAUCGCGAAGGGCUUUGGGGAUCUCAUGCAUCUCACAAAGACGUAUUCGGAGUUUGCACACUUUGCAAAGCCAUUGCAAAAGUUCCAGGAUAAUAUACGUGAUCUUUACGUAUCAUUUUACAACCACUCGAAGACGUAUCAAAACGUGCUGAUACAUGGAGAUUUUCAUAGUAAAAAUAUGCUGCACAAAAUCGAUGCUGAAGGACGACACACCGAUACGAUACUGCUUGAUUAUCAAAUUUGUUGCUGGACUAGUCCGGCGGUUGAUUUGUACUAUCUACUGGAUAUGAUACCGACUCAAGAGGUGAAGGACAAACAUCGUUCUGAGUUGAUAUAUAUGUAUUAUCAACAGUACAGUGAUUUACUGAAGCGGCUCGGAUAUCUUGGGAAAAUUCCGUCCUUGCUGGAUCUGCAGAUAGAGCUUCUACGGUAUGCUUCGCUAGAGCUAAUCCACUACGCAAUAUUUAGCUCGUUCCGCUACAUGGAUCAAACAGCGAUCGAUAUCGAGGCUUUGCUUAAAGGAGAGCUAGAUAAUCCCGUCCUCAAUAAUCCAGAGUUCAAGAAGCUAAUGCAUACCGAGCUAACGCGCUUCCUACAUCAAGGCACAUUAUCAAGCGUUUAGUAUUUCAGUGUGUGGAGGGGCCGUAUAAUUUACGUCAGACCAUGUGAUUGCAAUCGUUUCAUAAAGCAGUUGCUAGCAGAGAAAGAAUCGACUGUGCAAGUAAUCGUUCGAAGCGUGCCAGAACAACCCACGAUAUCAGCCAGCAUAGAUUCGCAAAGUCAUUUGUACGCGACUGUCGUGCGGUGCCCGGUACAGAACGCGUGGCAGUUUUGGCUGAGAUAGUGUAUGGUGGCAAAGAUGAUAAUGGGUAUCUGCAAUAAAAUGAUUGAUAAAGAGAGAA